UUAUAAAAAAAUAUAAUAUUUUAUUUAUUUUUGUGAUCCGAUAAUAAUAUGGUUAUGGCGGAAAGCGAGGGAAAAAUGAGAGGGUGGCUUUAUUUGAUUCGUUAUUACAGAUUUGGGCUUCAGUAUUCACGUAAAAGGUAUUUCAUUCUUGAAGACAAUUGCCUCAAGAGCUUCAAAUCAAUCCCCUCUUCGGAUUCUGAGGAGCCUUUGAGGAGUGCGAUAAUUGACUCGUGUAUUCGUGUCGUGGACAAUGGAAGAGAGAGCCAUAGUAGAAAAUUAUUUUUCAUCUUUACACUUUACAAUACCUCUAAUCACAAUGAUCAGCUAAAGCUCGGUGUGACGAGUUCCGAAGAAGCGGCUCGAUGGAUUAACUCUUUACAAGAAGCUGCACUUAACCCCGUAAAAGAUGUCAUGUCUUGUUCCGAAAGAAAAUGGCAGCCUUUCAGCAUGAGUGUUUCGAAGAGAAUAGCGAAAAGGUCAAUAGAUUGGACCGCCACAUUUACGCAUGUGAAUGCAAUGACAUCCGACGUAAUCGCACCUUCGCCUUGGAAAAUAUUUGGUUGUCAAAACGGAUUGCGUCUCUUUAAAGAAGCAAAAGAUCGAGAUUCCAAUGGGAGGCAUUGGGAUGAUCACCCGGCGAUAAUGGCAGUCGGUGUAAUUAAUGGAGCUUCGGAGACAGUUUUCCGUACCCUUAUGUCUCUUGGUGCCUCGAGGACUGAGUGGGAUUUCUGUUUCUAUCGAGGCAGCGUAGUUGAGCAUCUUGAUGGACAUACAGAUAUAAUCCACAUUCAAUUAUAUAAUCAUUGGCUACCAUGGGCGAUGCAACGAAGAGACUUGUUGUUGAGGCGUUAUUGGAGAAGAGAAAAUGACGGCACAUACGUGAUUCUCUACCAUUCCGUUUUCCACCGAAAGUGUCCACCCCAAGACGGAUACGUUCGCGCGUGCCUUAAAAGUGGUGGAUAUGUAAUCUCUCCUUCACAACAAGGUAAAGAUUGCGUAAUAAAACACAUGCUCGCCGUCGAUUGGAAGUUCUGGAAAUCGUACCUUAAAAAAUCGUCUUCGAGAUCGAUUACAAUCUGCAUGCUCGGAAAAGUUGCCGCGCUGGCGGAGUUUUUCAGAGCGAAAUGCGGAAAUAUGAGCAACGAGUAUUUAUCGGGCGAGCUUUCGAUAGAUAUAGGUGUUGCUCCCGAAAACGAAAAGGAGGAAAUAAAAACGGAAGUUAACUGCAAAAGGGUGGUAUCGAAUGAAACGGCAGAAGACGAGUCUUCGAGACCGCAGCACUCCGCGACUCCUUCGAGUCUCACUGCGCUAAGUGAUGCGGCCGAUGAGUUCUUCGAUGUUCCGGAACCUUCCGAUGACGAGGCGUUUGAGAACGCGUGGCAUUCUAACACGACCUCCGACUUAUCUUAUGUGGAAAUGUACCAGCCGAAAUUAUCAUCCGCUGCCAACUUCGUGAAAAAAUUGCAUGGACUUGCAGUACAAAAAAAGGGUUACAUGGACUUGCAAGAAAUAUCGAGGGAAGAAAGUGUAUCGUGUUGUUACGGAUCGACACUCGCGAAAGAUUCGAGUUUCAACAUGCCUUGUAGCUGGGCUGCAGCUGAUCCUUCCUCCUUUCUUAUCCGUGCCGAAAAUUAUCUCGUCGACAAUCAAAAGACCAAAGCAAAAGGCACUUUAAUGCAAAUGGUUGCUGCUGAUUGGCUAAGAUCGGACAAACGAGAGGAUGAUCUUGCCGGUCGAUACGGAGGCAUCGUUCAGAAAUACGCAGCUCGUGGAGGGCCGGAAUUCUUUUUCGUCAUUAACAUACAGGUUCCGGGUGCAACGACAUACAAUUUGGCCCUAUACUAUAUGCUAAAAACUCCGUUAGCAGACACGCCUUUGCUCGAGCGCUUUGUCAACGGUGACGAUGCUUUUAGAAAUUCGAGAUUCAAGCUCAUACCCUACAUUUCAAAGGGAUCUUGGAUAGUAAAGCAAAGUGUUGGUAAGAAAUCUUGUUUGGUUGGUCAAGCACUUGAAGUCAACUAUUUCCGCGGGAAAAACUACUUGGAGCUCGGCAUUGAUGUUGGCUCGUCAACGGUGGCGAGGGGUGUAGUUAGCCUUGUCCUCGGAUAUCUUAACAAUCUUGUCAUAGAAAUGGCAUUCUUGAUACAGGGGAAUACGGCAGAAGAGCUGCCGGAGUUUCUGCUCGGGACGUGUCGUUUGAACUCUCUAGACGUGUCGAAAUCGGUUUCUACUGACUCGAUUCGAUGAGGUUAUAAGAUUUAAAGACGAGACGACAAAGUACUAGGAAAAGAGCUGAGGUUUUUCUCAGGAUGUAAUGGGAGAAAUCUGAGGUUGAUUCAUGUAUGUAUCAAUUUGAGGUUUUUGAAUGUGCUUUUUAUAGUGGAGGAUGAAGAUUUUUAUUUUUUGUAAUUGAAGUUUAUGUUUAUAUAUAAUUUAUGUAUCAUUCUUUGCUGUAUGUAGUCCUUUCAGAGUUAAUAAAAAUAAUAAUAAUAACAAUAAUAAUAAGAAGA